UCCUAAACCCCUCUUAGAUUGAAAAAGAACACAAAACCCCCUCUGCCGAAACUCACAAUAUCCAACGACAGUGACAAAGAGAGCAAGACCAUGACGAGCGGGAGUUUUAGUCUGCUACAGCUAUGGCAACUUCCUUACUCCACGCUGUUAUUCAAUCGCACCAAGCUCUGUAAAGGCUUAUACCCAUUACCAAGGAUGAAAAUUUAUCCCCUGUGCUUCAGUAAACAGAUGCAGACAACCACCUAUGAAGUGGUGAAUGGAAGCUAUUUAGAGACAUCACAAACCAAGCAUGAAAACAAAACAAAGGAAACAGCAUCUGAGAUACUUGAUACAGUUGGUGCCUUUCAAAAGCUACCUAUGGUGAUGCCUUCAGUUGAUAUUCUGUAUUCAUCACUAAGAAAGGCCAAGAGAAUUGCACCUACAAAGGGGAUAGCUAAUGCUGCUAAGCGUGAGAAAAACAAAGGUGCAAAACAACUUGAUGCCCUAAUGAAGGAGCUAACAUUGCCAUUGAGAACAUACAAGGAUAAUUUCCCAAAUAAAAGACAAUUACACCCUUAUGAACGUUCUCUUAUUGAGUUGACUUUGGGAGAUGGAAAUUAUGAAGAGGUUUUAGGAAAAGUUGAUUAUCUAAGGAAGAAACUGGUAUCAGUUGGAAAAGAACACGCAUCACUCUGUGCUCAGUCAACAACAAAGAGAGAAGCAGAAGAGAGGUUAGUUGAGGGAAUGAGAAAACUUGAAGAAAUUUUUCUUUCAGAUGGAAAAGCCGUUGAUGAUUUGAUGCAAAUAGCCAAGACUUUGAGAGCAAUGCCAGUUGUUGAUCUUGAAAUGCCAACACUCUGCCUUGUUGGAGCUCCUAAUGUUGGAAAAUCAUCUUUAGUCCGCAUACUCUCAACAGGAAAGCCUGAGAUUUGUAACUACCCUUUUACAACUAGAGGCAUUUUAAUGGGCCAUAUUGCUUUAAGCUACCAAAAUUUCCAGGUGACUGAUACACCUGGGAUCUUGAGGAGACGUGAUGAGGACAGGAAUAAUUUGGAAAAAUUAACACUUGCUGUGUUGUCUCAUCUACCUACUGCUGUAUUAUUUGUUCAUGAUUUAACUGGAGAAUGUGGGACAUCUCCUUCAGAUCAGUUUUUAAUUUACCAAGAAAUAAAAGAAAGAUUCAGUGAGCAUCUUUGGAUUGAUGUUGUCUCCAAAUGUGAUCUUUUGGAAGAAUCUCCGGUUCUUUAUGUUACAGAAAAUGCUGAGGAUGAUAAUGAUGAAUUAUUAAAAUACCGAAAAGUGGGACCCGAUGGAGCACUUCGUGUGUCUGUAACAAAUGAAGUUGGACUCAAUGAGUUGAAGAAUAGAGUGCAUGAAGUGCUGGUAUCUCAAUCAGCAAGACUCAACAUUCAGAAACCUGAGGGCAUUAUGGACAACAUUUCUUCUCCACGGAAAACUUUCAUUUAAUAUGUUUUUUUUUCUAGGUUAAUCUGCUUUUCAAUAUUGAAAAAGGAUAUGGACA